GAUAGUGUCUCUCAAUCCCCUUCACCUCGACCCCUCUUCUUCCUUCCAUUCCCUAUGUCUUUCCUUUAAAUCUAAUGAACUAAAUUCACCGUCAGCAUGUUUCAUUGUAUUGGUAUGUACUCGAUCAUCCCCUUUGCUAAGUUUAUAUAUCCUUCUUAGAAUUGAAACAAAAAAAAAGUGUAUACUUACUACGUUCAGCAGAAUCAUUGCUCCGAUUGUUACGUGCUGAUGCUCAGAGACUAAGUCUCAUGGUCGGUUGAUCAUCCCAGCAUCUUACCUCCGGCUGGUGCCAUUUGGGAUCCCUUUUUUCUUUUUCUUAUUCCUUCUCGUCCAACCGGCAGGUGAUUUAACACAAACCAUGACCUCCAUCACAUGUCAUCGCCAGUCGCAUCCCCACGGCGGCUAUACUUACAGCGUGCCGCACGGGGAUCACCAUAACAAUAGCAACAAUAGCCGCCCUCUCCACAUGGUUCAAACUACUCUUACGCCAACUGCUCUGGGUCCAGGCACCGGAAAUCCUCCGUCCUGUCUGGCUGGUUCCCAGUUACCUCCAUCCCUCGAUAUCUCUUCUCCUAACCUAAACGCCCUGUCGGAUACCGAGACCACCCUGGAACUCACCAAAAUCACCGUGGAUACGUCCAAAACUGCCUCCAUCUCCUACGAUCUUGCUGACGAUAUGGGACUGAGCAUGGCAGAAUCUCCAACUAACCAUACAAACAUCUCCCCGGGGCUAUCUCCUACCCCCGACAAACCUCGGAUUUCAAAACGGAAACGAACUUCCUCACCACCAUCACCCUCUUCGACGAGUCCCGGGGACCAUCGUCGUUCAACAUCUCGAAGUACUCGACGCUCGGCACAAACUAAUCGCCAGAGCUCGUUGCAUUCCCAUCGUCGCGCAGCUACCCUUACGGCCCCCCUAACUCCAUCAGUUUCCACCAAAGAUCAGGAGUCCAAGCGUGAAGAUCUUCUGGCCUUGCACCGAGAAUCUUGUCGGCUGUUUCAAGACAGCGGCCGGCAUGAAAGAGCAUCGCUUUCCCCAACUACCUACUCUAGUCCUCCACGCACAGUUCGCACAUCAUCAGAAGCGGGUUCGCCCCCGGUUUCCCCAGUUUUACCGACUCAAUUCUCGAUGGUCAGUGAAGACCUAACCGGCCAAGAUCCUCAAAAGGACCCCGUUCUCCAUACUGUGCCCAUCACCAGCACCAUCCUCGAUGAUGGUUAUAUUUCUCCAAUCCAGACCUCGGCCACCGUAAUUGACUGGACGUCUCCGUCAACGCGGAGACGCGAAUAUAAGAAGAUCGACCGUGCCAGCAGCGGGGUACGGGGCUUCUGGCGACGGGUCGCCCCAAAAUGGUGCCAGUUCGGCCAUGAUCGCACGCCUUUCUUUGAAGAAAAGGGUGGCAAAAGAAACUACGAGGGUAGUGUGCGACGGUUCCGCAUGGAUCUCCCUGAGGAACCCAUCCCGGAGCGUAAGACGAGCGCCAUUCAAGCGCUGAAGCUAAAGCAAAAAUUAGGGACGGUAAAGAUGGGCAGUCGCCGGAGGAGCGAGUAGUCGAGUCGUUACAUUCCCCUUUUAAACAUUGGCAGCCCCCAGCUGUGCAACAUUCGUUAGCAAAACAAAGCCUGGAGCUUUCCAAAGUUCCGAGUCAUGACCCUCAGUCAGAGUGAGGUGUGUUGAACACAUGUCACAGAUGCCUUGUGAGACUUGAGACUGUCGUUGAUUUAUUAACCCUUGCAUGGGCGGGA